CUCGCCUAAUUUUGCAGGCUCGGCCCGAUGCGUUCGGAAAGCCGCGCGACGUUUCGCAAUGGUGACGGUAUUAGCUUGUGCAUCUGAAGCGUCUACUUCCGGGGCAGCGCACGCAAGCAGCGAACAACAACGCUCACGGAGACAAUACCCUAAUACGAGGGUCCAAAGCAUCGUGGAGUACUUGGACGCUCACCCGCAACGAGUGCAGUCCAUACCAAUGAUCUAUGACGCCAGCGUUAGCUCCAGCCACCUGCCAGCCGUGGUGCAGGGCCUGGGGCCGGAGGACGUGAUGCCCAGCAGGAGGCGGAAUAAGGACCCGCUGGCGGCGGACCACUGGGCGCGGGUGGUGGCGGGGCUGCUGUAUGUGGGCUGCGGGGGGCUGGACCACGCGCACAACCUCGUCACGCCGCUUUGCUGGGGCGCGGCCACGGCCUACGGGGGGCGGCCCAUUGAGGGCUCGCCGGCCGCACACGACGCCGCGUAUGUUCACGCGCUCAUACACCGGUCCGAGGGCGUGCACGACGGCGAGUUCGGGAGCGGCUUCUCCAAUGCCAACUUCUGGUAUAAGGCCGCUGGCCCGCACCCCAUACAUCCGGCCGUACUGGAGGCCAUGAAGCGGCACGCGGCCGCCGCAGACGCCGCCGACAAGGCCGCGGACCGGGAGCGGUUGCGGACGCUGGUGGCAAACCACGGUAACGCGUUCUCCACAUCGCGGUGGGUGGCAGUGUGCGGCGAGGCGGCGCGCAGCGGCGGGCGCGACCCGGCGCUGGUGCGCUUCGUGGAGCGCGUGGUGGGCGACGAGUGGCGGGCGCUGCUGGAGCACUGCUACGGCAAGCUGGAGGAGGUGGCGUGAAGUGCUGUCUGUGAGGUGCUAAGUGAGGAGCUGACGGCGUGGCCAACGGAUGAGUUUAGUUCAUAAGCCUGGAGACGUCGCGCACACCAUUCGCAGCCUUGACUGUGAACGGGGGAAUGGGAGCGCGGCGCAGCAGGGUAUAUGCUUGAGUCGCAUUGCCCAAGACGGUGCACGGGCGGCAUGGAUGUCAGCUGUACGACUGUGCCCGAGUGGGAGAGUGUGGAAUGGCUACGGAGUUCAGGGCCGGGGCUGUGGCAACGGCGGCCAGGUCAGGCCAGGUGUUGCUAUGUACAGGUGGGAGCAAUGGAGCAAUAAGACAUCACCACUGCGGGUGGGUGUAUGUGGCAGUAUGUGGGAGCGCACACUACUCGGCUCACAGCCGCCACGCGCUGCUCGUUUCACAGCAUUGUAUGUACGGGUACGGCAGCAUGCAGGAUGAUUACUCAAGCUUAAGCAUCAGGGAUAGGCGGUCUUUCAUUUAUUCUAUUUGUUGACGGGAAGUUCGUUGGAGCAAAGUUGGUUGUGCAGCACUGCAGCGUUGUUGGGAAUGCGCCUGCACGGGAGCUCCGAGGCUACCGGGGAGCCCGCUGGCCUUCGUAGCCAUGAACCCCAGUUGCCGGGGCUGCAGCAGAGCGUUUGGUGGUCCAUUUGUAACAUUGGCUAACC